AUGGCCACCGUCGCCGAUCAACCACCCCCGGCCUACCCCGGCACCGAGGAGAAAUCCUCCGCGCCCGCCGCCGGCCCGCGCAAGACGCCCCUCGCCGCCCCCGUCUCGGCCUCCUCCACCCCGGCCAUCACGCCCCUGACCCCCGACCAGCAGUCCAAGUACGACGCCCUCCUCGCCCAGGCCCGCGCCUGGUCCGAGGUCAAGUGCCCGACCGCCGCCCACGCCGACAAGUCCGGCCCGCUCACCGACUCGGAGCGCCAGUGGCUCACGCGCGAGUGCCUCCUCCGCUACCUGCGCGCGACCAAGUGGGUGACCAAGGACGCCGAGAAGCGCCUGCUCGAGACGCUCGCCUGGCGCCGCGAGUACGGCGUCGAGGCGCUGACCCCGGAGCACAUCUCGCCCGAGAACGAGACGGGCAAGCAGAUCAUCCUCGGCUUCGACAAAGAGCGCCGGCCCUGCCACUACCUCAACCCGGGCCGCCAGAACACGGACCCCUCGCCGCGCCAGGUCCAGCACCUCGUCUUCAUGCUCGAGCGCGUCAUCGAGGUCAUGCCCGCCGGCCAGGAGAAGCUCGCCCUGCUCAUCAACUUCAAGACCUCCAAGAGCCGCGGCAACACCGCCCCCGGCAUCGGCCUCGCGCGGGAGGUGCUGCACAUCCUGCAGACGCACUACCCCGAGCGUCUCGGCAAGGCCCUCAUUAUCAACGUCCCAUGGGUCGUCAACGGCUUCUUCCGCCUCAUCACCCCCUUCAUUGACCCCAUGACGCGCGACAAGCUCAAGUUCAACGAGGACAUGAAGCAGUACGUCCCCGAGGAGCAGCUGUGGACCGAGUUCAGCGACGGCAAGCUCGAGUUCGAGUAUGACCACGACGUCUACUGGCCCGCCCUCAACGCCAUGUGCAAGGAGAAGCGCGACGCCAGGACGGCGCGUUGGGUGUCUGGCGGCAAGCUGAUUGGCGAGUCGGAGGACUACCUUGGAGGUGCUGCCGAGAAGGGCCGCGAGCGCACUCUCGAAGCCACCCAGAUUCGGACAGCUCGCAUCAAACAACGAAUCCCACAACACCACACGCCCAAUGCUACCUUCAUAACAGCAACCGUCCACGAAACAAUAACGAAGAAAAACACAAUGGCGAACAUCCAAACAACAAAGAGCGUCCCCGGCAAGGAGACGCCGGGCCUGCGAUACCCCUCCAACGGCAAGACAAUCUACCACCGCCCCCUCAACCGCACAAAGACCGCCGAGCUCAGCCAGGCCAGCUUCGCCUACCUCUUCAGCGAGAUGGUCUCGUACGCCCAGCGCAACGUCAAGGACAUUUCCGAGCUCGAGCAACGCCUCAACGUCCAAGGCCACUCAAUAGGCCUCAAGCUCCUCGACCUCCUCCUCUUCCGCGAAGCCCCGCGCACGCAGCUGCGGCCCCUCACAAUCAUCAACCUGCUGCACUUCAUCAAGCAGUCCGCCUGGCAGCACCUCUUCGGCCGCCAGGCCGACCGCCUCGAGAAGAGCGCCGACCCCGCCAAGCCCGACGAGUACAUGAUCAUCGACAACGAGCCCCUCGUCAACGCCUACGUCAGCGUCCCCCGCGAGCUGUCCCAGCUCAACUGCGCCGCCUUCAUGGCCGGCAUCGUCGAAGGCCUCUGCGACGGCGCCGGCUUCCCCGCGCGCGUGAGCGCGCACAACCUCAAGGACGACAAGGAGAUGUGGCUCGGCAUGACCGUGUUCCUGGUCAAGUUCCGCCCCGAGGUGUUGGAGAGGGAGGGGUAUUUGGGCAAGAGCUAG